AUGGCUUCAAAAACACCAACUGUAGGAAUUCAUUCUUCUAAAGAAGCAAUCUAUCUGUCUUUACAAGAGGGCUAUGAUUUUGUUGGAGUUAGGUUGAGUACUGAUGCUUUGAAGCAACGCGUAGAGAGUUUAGAACCUUUCGAAAGCGUGCAAGAGUUUUUCGACAGUGAAAUAGCCUACCAUCCAGAAGAAUACGUAAAUAAAGUAGUCGGGCUCACGUCAGAAUGGAUUGAAUUGGAUUCGAACGAUGCCUUGAUAGCUCAGCGGUCUGAAGAAAUUUUAAUGAAAGAGGUUUCCUUUGCCUCUUACUGUGGUCUUGCUAGCGUCCUUUGUAAUGGCCCUAAAUAUGCCGAUAACAUAACGCAAUAUGCUAGAUCAUGCUCGACGAUUUUAAAUUCUAGUUACAAUAUCACUUUGGUUCUUCAAUUUCCAAUUGAAUAUGGCCAGGAAGACCUUUUUGAGAGUUGGAAGAUGUGGAAUAUAGUUCGUACUUCUUGUAAAUACAAUCCUCGAUUACAAGUUGCUCUCGAAUUACCUCCAUCAUGUUCCCCUCCAAUAGAAUUAGUAAACAGAUGGUAUGCUGAGCCCAUUGGUAUGAUCUCCCUAUCUUGCAUGGCUUUUGUUCCAAACCCGACUGGCUACCCUGUAUUGAGUCGUAAGCUUCGAGCCAUCUUUUCUUUAUACCUCAGACUAAAUCCAAAGGUCUUUCUAAGGGAUAGCAAUGUUCCCGAUAAGAUUGGUGAAUCACCCGACUAUAGUAUAUACAUGAAACACCUUUUUGAUACACAGCCUCCAGCUCCCUUGGUUGAGGAAUUUGCCGGCGGGUACAAAGACUAUUUACAGAUUCCAUUACAGCCACUCAGUCAUAACUUGGAAAAUAUCACUUACGAGAUUUUUGAGAGAGAUCCUGUGAAGUAUGCUCAGUAUGAACAAGCGAUUUUCGCGGCCUUAAACGACCGAGAUGCAAAUUCGGUUACGCGCAUUGCUGUGGUAGGUGCGGGAAGAGGCCCUUUGGUCGAUUGUGCUCUUCGGGCAGCUAUAUCAUCUGCACGUACGGUAGACAUGAUAGCAUUAGAAAAGAACCCUAAUGCGUUCGCCAUGCUUUUAUUACGAAACAGACAGGAUUGGGCUGGAAAGGUAACGCUUGUUUUUGGGGAUAUGCGAGAAUGGAAUCCCGAUUAUAAAAUUGAUAUCUUAGUGAGCGAACUAUUGGGAAGCAUGGCAGAUAAUGAGUUAAGUCCAGAAUGCUUGGAUGGUGUCCAGCGAGUGCUGAAUCCAAUUACAGGAAUAAGUAUUCCUUCAUCAUACGCUUCGUACAUCACUCCGAUCAUGUCCCCAAAGCUCUGGUCGGAAGUCCGUAAUAUGAACGAUGCUUCGGCAUUUGCAAGGCAAUACGUUGUUUUAAUGAAUUCCGUUGAUUUUUUGGCACCAAAUGAUGAGUUUCGAUUUCAACCACUUUGGUCAUUUCAUCACCCGAACGACGAGACGAAAUUGUUUUCAAAAAAUCAACAUAAUCGAAGAAAUGCAGCUGUGCGCUUUCAAGCGACUAACCCAGGUGUAUUGCAUGGCUUUGCUGGUUAUUUUGAAGCUACUUUGUACAAAAAUAUCUCGCUCUCCACGUUGCCGACGACAAUGGAAGAAAAGUCUCCGGACAUGUUUUCAUGGUUCCCAAUAUAUAUUCCAAUCGAGAAACCAAUGUACGUUCCCGAAAACAGCCAGCUUCAAUUACACCUAUGGAGAAUGACUGAUGGCGCACGAGUCUGGUUUGAAUGGUCUGCAAAUACAUAUCUGGUAUUGAGGAACGGAAGCCACAUUCAUCUUUCAUCCACUGACAUUCACAAUGCUUCUGGAAGGGGCUUUUCAUACCUCAUGAAUUAA